GAUAAACCGUAUCGCCGCAGACUCUCGCGUAGCGAUCAUAAAACAUUCGUUAAUAAGAUGGCGACGGACCACAUUUGUGUUAUACUGGUGCUGUUAAUUGCGUGUACGCGCGCCCAAUCCGACAAUAACGACUGCUCAAAAAGUUACUUGGACAACGCUUUAAAAUCCGUGAGGGAGACACAUGGAAACACCACCUUGUGGUCGAAAUUAUCGGAACGUGAGCCACCGGAAGCUGUCGCCACGUUCGAAGUGCAGCGACAUCAGUACGUUCUGCACAUCUGCAAGUGGAAGUUGCCGUUGCACAAGCAGGAAUACGUACUCUCGAAUAUCGGGCUGAUCUACAUCGAACCGGAAGCCUUUCCCACCAAUAACAGCACGUAUGUCGUCGAUUUGCACAAGAAUUACCUCGAAUCCAUCCGGUAUGGGGUCUUCAGCAACACAGGUAUAAUUGCCCUAAACCUGAGCCACAAUGAUAUCGAAUACAUAGACCAGUCCGCCUUCGAUAACAUGAAACAUCUGGAAAUCCUGGACCUAAAUCACAACAAGCUUCGCAAUUGGCAUUCGAACUUUUUCACCAACAGUUACAACGUUCGUCACGUUCACGCCAGCAACAAUCUCAUCAGCUACUUGCCCGGAUAUAUUCUUAAGAAUUUCAAAUGUGGUUACCUCAAAGACACGUCUUCGAUGAAGUUGUCCUUCGCCAGUAUUUUAACUAUGGCGGCGCAUGAAAGUUUCUGCUCCUUGGACUUUUCGAGGAACAGGAUUUCAGGUGUUUCCGACAACGCUUUUGCAAACAGGACCAAAUUCGGUUAUAUUAAUUUGUCCGGAAACAAGAUUAAGUCAGUGCCGCCAAUUUGGCUGGAAGAUUUCAAAAUGGUCUCGUUUAAUUUGUCCGAGAAUAGAAUUAAGGAGUUGUCGUUCGAAACCAAAAAGAAGUUGCAUGCGUGUAUUUUGUGUAACAUGACACUUUAGGCCUCCAUUGAGGCUUUAUAAUUUUGUAUUCUAAUUUAUAAUGAUAUAUUUAUACAACUUACAUUUAGUUAAUAUACACAUUGGCACAUUGA